GUCCAAGCUGGGAGCUAGGGUUUGUGUGGCUUCAUGCAAUGGAAGCGCUUUAAAAGCCGUCAUGGACGUUCGACACAGUCCUCACUCUCAUCGCAACUUCGAUUCAGGGCGUAAUGGGCCGGGUUUGGGCCACGGCGGAGGAUUUGGGCCGGAACAGGGCGCGGGUGCUGUCGCUGUACAGGCAAAUACUGCGUAGGCUGAACUCGCCGGAGCUGCCGCUGAGCUUCGCGGCGAGGCUGGCGAAGAAGGCGGAGGUGCGGGCGAUCUUCUGGGUGGGUUCCGAUGAACGCUCAUUGCACAACAUCGCUGACCUAAUUGAUGCCGCUGAGUACUCUCUUUCCUUUCUCAGAAAAGGGGAACUCCCUCCGCGUUACAUUAAUUGAAUAUUGUGUUCUUCGUUUUUUUCAUGUAGAUAAAAAAACAAUGGUAAUAAGAAAAAACUAGAAUUAAAUUGGAUGUGAUAUAGUGAUAUUGUUCAUAUGUUCUUUUGGCACUCUGUAUAUUGACAAAUGCCGUGGAAUAAUUGAAAUUUGUUUGAAUUCAUGA